AUGUCUACAUUUGAAGACGAUAUUUCUGCUGUUGUCAUUGACAACGGAAGUGGAAUGUGUAAAGCGGGAUUUGCCGGUGACGAUGCGCCACGCGCAGUUUUUCCCGCCAUUACAGGACGACCUCGUUAUGAUGUGGUUAUGGCCGGUAUGGGCGCCAAAGAAUGUUAUGUCGGAGACGAGGCUCAGAACAAACGCGGGAUUCUAUCUCUAAAGUACCCGGUGGAACACGGAAUCGUCACCAACUGGGACGACAUGGAGAAGAUCUGGCACCACACCUUCUAUAACGAGCUUCGUGUGGCUCCGGAGGAACAUCCGGUCAUGUUGACAGAGGCGCCACUUAAUCCUAAGGCAAACAGAGAAAAAAUGAUACAGAUCAUGUUCGAGACUUUCAACACUCCUGCCUUCUACGUGGCGAUACAGGCUGUGUUGUCUCUGUAUGCCUCAGGACGAACCACGGGCAUCGUGUUUGAUGCCGGGGAUGGUGUGUCACACGUGGUACCUAUCUACGAGGGUUACGCCCUCCCUCACGCCAUCAAACGUGUAGACUUGGCAGGUCGUGACCUCACAGCCUACCUCCAGAGGAUCCUCCACGAAAGAGGAUACGACUUCACCACUUCAUCUGAGAUGGAAAUUGUUCGCGAUAUAAAGGAAAAGAUGUCGUACGUAGCUUUGGACUUUGAUAGUGAAAUGACAUCAGCAUCGAAGUCUUCUACAGUAGAGAAAUCUUACGAACUUCCUGACGGUGGUGUUGUAACCAUUGGUAACGAAAGGUUCCGGUGUCCAGAGGUUCUCUUCCAGCCAUCUUUUAUAGGAAUGGAAUCUAACGGAGUCCACGAGCAUGUACACAACUCAGUCAUGGGCUGUGAUAUUGACACUGCCUUCUAUGUGGCGAUACAGGCUGUGUUGUCUCUGUAUGCCUCAGGACGAACAACGGGCAUCGUGUUUGAUGCCGGGGAUGGUGUGUCACACGUGGUACCUAUCUACGAGGGUUACGCCCUCCCUCACGCCAUCAAACGUGUAGACUUGGCAGGUCGUGACCUCACAGCCUACCUCCAGAGGAUCCUCCGCGAAAGAGGAUAUAAUUUCACCACUUCAUCUGAGAUGGAAAUUGUUCGCGAUAUGAAGGAGAAGAUGUCCUACGUGGCUUUGGACUUUGAGAGUGAAAUGACAUUAGCUUCGAAAUCUUCUACAGUAGAGAAAUCUUACGAACUUCCUGACGGUGGCGUUGUUACCAUUGGUAACGAAAGGUUCCGGUGCCCAGAGGUUCUCUUCCAGCCAUCAUUUAUAGGAAUGGAAUCUAACGGAGUCCACGAGCAUGUACACAACUCAGUCAUGGGCUGUGAUAUUGACAUCAGACGGGAUCUCUACAGCAAUAUCGUCAUGUCCGGCGGAAGUACUAUGUUUCCAGGCAUGGCGGAUCGAUUUAAGAAAGAAUUAGACGGCAUUGUACCUAGCAAUGUGAAGGUAAAGGUCAUUGCACCCCCGGAAAGAAAGUAUUCUGUGUGGAUCGGUGGAUCUAUCCUGGGAUCUCUGUCGUCAUUCCAUCAGAUGUGGAUCUCAAAACAGGAGUACGAUGAAAGUGGACCAGGGAUCGUCCACAGGAAGUGUUUCUAG